AUGCACUUUCAUCUUUUAUCCUUCCAUACACUCACUCAAUCCUUGGAGCUCAGCGCCUCCAAUCUGUGGGGGCUUGGGGCCCGCACCCUCUGCUCCACCCCCCUCCUGACAACCCUCAACCUCACCCGGAACAACAUCGUUGAGGUCUCCGAGGUCGGGUUAACCGAGGCCGUGGAUCCUCGUACAUCUUGCCAACUUUUACAUCUCAAAUCUCUAGAUCUCUCGUACAACAAAAUCUCAAGUUUUCUACCACGAGAUCUCAGUCUCGCCCCGGGCAUUCAAAAUCUUAAUCUCCGCGGGAACAGAAUUGCAGUCUUAUCGGAUCAGACGCUGACCGGCCUAUGGUCGCUUGGCAGCCUCGAUUUGUCUUCCAACCAACUGGCUGCUAUCCCUCCGACUUUCUUCCACCAAGCCUCCAAUUUGAAAAAGCUGUAUCUUGAGAAUAAUACAAUCUCAACGAUGUCGGAGGGAGUUUUCUCCGGUCUUGAAAACCUUCUUCUCCUCAAUAUCUCGCGAAACUUAAUAAACUCUGAAACUCUAACUCAAGGUGUUCUAUCAAACCUAAACAAACUGGUUGCUCUGGACCUCAGUAACAACCUCCUAACCUCUCUCCCCUCCGACCUAUUCACCGCCCAACAGAGCCUCCGAAUUUUGAACCUUCAACGAAACCAAAUCUCCAAUGUAUCCUCCACAGCGUUGAAAUCUCUGAUAAACCUGCAUAUAUUACUUCUAUCCGAGAACCGGUUCUCAAUCCUGCCCCCAGCACUGCUGGACAACCUGGCUCAACUCAGCUCACUCUCCCUAGACUCUAAUGAGCUGGGUUCUGUUCCAACCCAGCUUCUCUCAGCAGUUCCGCGUCUCCAGGACCUAGCACUCAACCGAAAUCUACUCAGAGAGGUACCGGAGGGGAUCAAACAUCUUCCUCUGCUAAGAACCCUUGACCUAGGAGAGAACCUCAUCUCAAAACUGCCAAGCAAACUCUUCUGGAAUUUAACUAAACUGUACGGUCUUGGCCUGGCGGGUAACCAGCUAGAAACGGUCGGAAAGGACGUGUUCCUCAAUAAUACUGAGCUAAACGUGCUCACCCUCUCACAUAACAAUAUCAGCACCAUUGAACAGAACGCACUGACCGGCCUGACCAGUCUGAAAGCUCUGCGGCUAGACAGCAACCGGCUCAGAGACAUCAACGGUCUGGUUGCAACCCAGAAGAACCUAACCUGGAUGAAUGUCUCCGAAAAUCAGAUACAAUGGUUUGAUUUCGCCUUUAUUCCGAAGUCCCUGGAAUGGUUGGAUAUUCAUAAUAAUAAGAUUGAUCGAAUUGGAAACUAUUAUUCUCUGACUACUGGGUUUAAGCUGGAAACCCUGGAUGCUAGUUAUAACAGGAUUGCAGAACUGGCCCCUGACGCACUCCUUCAUUCUCUGAAGAACCUUUAUCUCAACAAUAAUAGGAUCAACAAGGUGGCUCCUGGAAGUUUUAUAAACCUGGAGAAUUUAACGCGAGUUGAACUGCAGGGAAAUCUGCUGGGAGGGAUUGAUAUGGAAUCACUAGCUCUCAAAUAUACAGAUGAAGUUCCUGAAUUUCUGCUGGGAGGGAAUCCCUGGCAAUGUGAUUGUGAACUCGAGUGGUUCAAGCGCGUUAACCAGCUGGCAGUGGAGGGAACCUUCCCCCGUGUUCUUGACCUCGAUACCGUGCUCUGUACUGUGCACGGGGCCAAUGAGAGCCUCCAGCAGAUGACGCACAUGCGCACAGAAGAGUUUCUCUGUCAAUAUGAUGCGCAUUGUAUUCCUGAGUGCUACUGCUGUGAUUUUUUAGCAUGUGAUUGCAGAAUGCAAUGCCCUGACGGAUGUUCCUGUUUCCAUGACACUACCUGGAGUAACAACAUGAUCCAGUGUACAGGGAGGGGGCACAUGGACGUACCCCCCCUCAUUCCCAUGGACGCCACCGCCGUCUAUCUGGAUGGGAAUAACAUGACUGAACUGAUCAACCCCGGAUUCAUCGGUCGGCGUCGACUUCGAGCCGUUUAUCUCAACAAUUCGAUGAUUCAUCGAAUCACAAAUUACUCUUUCGAAGGACUGUCGGAGGUUAGGAUCCUCCAUCUGGAGGACAAUCAAUUGGAGGAGUUGGUUGGGAAUGAGUUUAUAGGAUUGAACAGGUUGAAGGAACUGUAUCUGCAGAACAAUUUUCUCACAAGACUGGGAGCAGAUACUUUUAGUUCCUUACUGGACCUAGCACUGCUCAGAUUGGACGGGAACUUACUUACAUCAUUUCCGGUCUGGGAGCUGGCGGGUAACCCCAUGCUGGUUGGGCUUUAUCUAGCCCGGAAUAUGUGGAGUUGUGAUUGUGAUUUUGUCCGACCAUUCCUGGCUUACUCUGCAGAUGUUGACGGAAAGAUUGUGGACAAGAUCAACCUGAGAUGUGUUGCAGAUCAUUUCCGUGGCGAAGCUCUUGCCACCAUGGAGAAUAUUGUGUGUGAUGCCAUUGCUCCAGAUUUCCAAUCUGGAAAAGUUUCAGGUUUUGAUUACACUCCAAUCCUGGUCUCCGUCCUCCUGGCCGUUCUCAUCAUUGUUAUUGGAUACCUGGUGGCCUUCACCUUCAGACAGAACAUCAAGGACUGGAUGUUUAGAACCAAGGCUGGGGAUAAGAGCACUGUCUAUGCCGGGAAGGACAAGCUGUUUGAUGUGUUCAUAAGUUAUGCCCAAGAUGACAGUGAGUUUGUUGAACAGAACUUUGCACAAAACCUGGAACAUGGAACCACAUCAUACAGGCUGUGUCUUCACCAGAGAGAUUUCCCGCCAACCACACCACUUUCUGAUACUGUGUCAGUUGCUGUGGAAACCAGCACCAGGGCUGUGGUCGUCCUUAGCAGAAACUAUGUGGACAACCAGUGGAACAACAUCAGAACAGCCUUUAUGGAGGCAAUCCGGACCAACAACACCAAGGUUAUAUUCCUCCAGUUAGAGGAUGUUGAUCUGGAUAAAGCAUCCGACCUUAAACAUUUGCUGGAGGACUCGCCUGUUGUUCAGUGGCAGGAUCCUAGCUUCUGGAACAAACUACGAUAUUUCCUCCCUGAACCCGUCUACCUCACCUUCCAUAGAAACGUGACCAUGCGUGGAACCCUGCAGACCAGUAACCUUUAUCAACCCGUUCUAGGAACUCAUGCCUUAGAACAGGAUGCUCCCAAACCUGAACAUCCCUACCAGGCUUCUGUAUACUCCUCUGAACAUACCUACCAUAGCAUAGAUAACAACCAUAUUUAUCAUACUCUAGAUCCUGGCAGCGAUCCAAAUCUGUUCCAACAGUUCCAGGGGUUCCCUGGUCAGGGUAGCAGGGUGUUUCUCAACCACAACCUGGAGUUAGUUCACCCGGCUCCAACCCACACCCUCAACCGCUCCCAUCUCACCCUGCACCAGAUCCCACACAACCUCCCUGGUCACCCGGUUAAUCUAGCGAUUCAUCAGGUCAACCUAGGUCAUCAGAUGGUUCCUAACGGGCUUGUGGGACAUGCUGGCGUCCCCUCUGUGUCCCGCUCCGUUCCUGUUCAUGUUGGGGCACCGAGACAAUUGCCCUUCAAUCAAUCAAUCAAUGAAUCACCAAAUCAAUCAGGGCAGCAAUCAAUUAAUCACACACAUACAAACUCAACCUGCUCUUCUAAAAAGUUGUUAUCGGGAGAGGAUGGAGAGUACAUUGUCUAGAUCUUAGAGUACAUUUUCUAGAUCUUGGAGUACAUUGUCUAGAUCUUGGAGUACAUUGUCUAGAUCUUGGAGUACAUUGUCUAGAUCUUGGAGUACAUUGUCUAGAUCUUGGAGUACAUUGUCUAGAUCUUGGAGUACAUUGUCUAGAUCUUGGAGUACAUUGUCUAGAUCUUGGAGUACAUUGUCUAGAUCUUGGAGUACAUUGUCUAGAUCUUGGAGUACAUUGUCUAGAUCUUGGAGUACAUUGUCUAGAUCUUGGAGUACAUUGUCUAGAUCUUGGAGUACAUUAUCAAGAUCUUGGAGUACAUUAUCAGAAUCUUGGAGUACAUUAUCAGAAUCUUGGAGUACAUUAUCAAGAUCUUGGAGUACAUUAUCAGAAUCUUGUUAAAAAACACUAACAAAUGUUCUUAUAUGUGUUCAUUAUAUGUGUUCAUUAUGCUUGAAUUAUUAGUAUGUGCAAUUCAAAGUAUGCUUGUGCCAUAAAUAUAUGUGCAAUAUUUGCACAUUAUUUAUAACAAAAAAAAAUUAGUUAAAUUUGCCAUAAUAUUAGUUUUAUAGAUCUCGUAAUUAAACGGCUGUGAUUUUAUUUAUAUAUUAUUUGUAACUAUGUUUUGUCAAGAUGUCUGUCUGUCUGUCUGUUCGUCGAUUAAACUGCCAUUUCGUCUGUGUCAGUUUUAUUGUUAUGCACUAGUCAUUAGUUAUCUUGAAAUAAAAGUGCCAUUUUAAACUGGAA